AUGGCGGGGUCAAGGGCAUCCUCGUUCCUUUCGGACCUUUCUGAGAAGUCCUCGCCAGACUCGUUCGCCACAGCUGUCCAGACUCCGGGUGGUGUCACAAAAACCGAAGACAAGACGCCCAGCAUACACAAUGAUGAUGGUGCUGCUGUCCAUUCAACACCUGUGUAUCACGAGGCGGCACCCCUCCGUCGUGAGCUGGAGGCGCAAUGCAAGAUCCUGCUCGAGGAACAACUCUACACGAAAGCUAUUUUCAUGCUCAGCCAGAUGCUCACCUCGGGCCAUGCGCGCAAGGACGGCCUGCCGAAGCCAGCGACCGUCGCUCCCGCUGGCCAGCUGGCUCUCCUGUCCACCCUUACUGUGCACCCCCACCGCACGACGCGGCUCAAGGAGGAUGACGAUGGCGUCGUAGUCGGCGAAACCUGGACGUAUCUGAAUGGUGUGCUCGCCAUCGCAGGGCCGCUGAACGCCGAUUUCAAGACGGCAUUUGCAUUUCGUGGGCCGUAUCGGCCCCAUCGUCGGCAUGCCGCUGCUGGCGAUGACGACGACGACGGUAUUGACGAGGAAAAGAUCUACAAUAAGUAUGCCAACGAGGAAAGCCUCUUCCACUUGGCUGAAGAUUUCUGGCACGUCGUCGGCUGGGGGUUCCUCUGCAGCAGCCUGCAUGGGCAUCGAUGGCCAUAUUGGAAGGUUUGGCUGGAGUUCAUGGUAGAGGCGCUCGAGGCGGAUUGGUCGCAGCGGGCAUUACUCGAUGCGGAUGAACCGGUGCAGUCCGAUGCCAGCCUGCACCAGCAUCGCGAGGAGUGUUUGUUUAUGAUGUACAUCACCAUAUGCGGUCCGGCCGCCGCACGGAUGAGCCGCACGAUGAAGGCCAUCUUGGCGGACGGCCAGCAGGUGUCGCGACGACUGUUCCAGGAGAUAUUCCGCAACGAAUCUAAGCAGCUUACGCAGGGAGAUAGGCAGGAAGCCCAAAAGAUCCCUACCGCCGUUGAUGUGGAACAGGGCGAGUACGGGGGCUACAUGGAUGUUACGGAUUCCGACGACGACCUCGACCUCGACGCCGCCAGCCGUUCGCCAUGGUCGACCCCGCGGAGCCCUCGCCAACUCAUCCACGAGGACACUCCUGACGGCAUGAUGGAGGCAGCUCCCCUGCGUAUUCGCAUCUUCGCUCUUGUGGCGGGAGCCGCUUUUGCGCUUCCUACAGCUCUGGCUGACUUUCAAGACGUUUUCGUCGAGUUCGUCCGGCAACUGAAGGACCUGCCGCCGCCGAAGCUCCAGCUCUAUCUGUCGUCGCUACUUGAUGUUGCUACAGCGAACGGGGCAGACGGUUCCGUCGCGAUCGAAGUUCUGGGAUUCCUUCUUGACAGCCUGCUGCCACCAAAGUACGAAGAUCCAGCUGACUACAACGACGAAGCAAAGGGGGGCUUUUUCGUGAUCACGGCGGAAACGCUAACACGAAGCUUCCUGCCAUGGCCGGCAAACACCGACGAUCUGGAUGACAACGUGAAGCUGGCGUUGGUGCUAGAAGCUGCGUUGCUGAUCAUCCCGGCGGACGACCCCGACACACAUAGAGGGGCGCUACGGGCGGCAGCGGCCAAGGGAAUCGAGGCCAGGAGGGAGAGGACGAAGAAACCGCAGGGCAGAGGUUUCCGCGGAGCGAGGAAGAAGGCGAACGCGCCGAGUGGGAAAGAUCUGUACCUCAGGGAAAUGAUGGACCUGACAGGGGAGAGGAUACUUGCGUACAUCGACGGCAUGGAGGGUGCGGAUGCUUGA